UAAUAGGUAAACCAUGCCAAGGCCCACCCAGUAACCCCGACGGUUACCCUAGCAACUGUCCUGACCAACCCUCCUACCCAGCCGGCCACGUUUGUACCUUCACAUGCCCAGACGGAUACGUCAUGAUUGGGUGUGCUGCAAAACAGCUGUGCAAGAACGGCCAAUGGGCGGGGGAAAAUCUGGAAUGCGCAAGGGAAGUCAUUGAUCAAGAUGGUGGCUGGUCUGACUGGAGCCCAUGGUCUGCCUGCAGCGUGACGUGUGGAGUCGGUACGCAGACUCGGGACCGAAGCUGCACCAAUCCGGCACCAGCUCACGGCGGGGCGGAGUGUGAUGGAGAUACUCAGGAGACACGGGAGUGCGACUCCGGAGUGUCCUGCGAGAUUGAUGGCGGCUGGUCUGACUGGAGCCCAUGGUCUGACUGCAGCGUGACGUGUGGAGUCGGUACGCAGACUCGGGACCGGAGCUGCACCAAUCCGGCACCAGCUAACGGC